GCUGUGAGCCUGCACAACGCUUAUUUUUGUGUACAUCACUUAAGGUAAACAUGCGGCGGUUGGUGGAAGUGGCCAAGAUUCCGCGAACGGGAACGCUGCACGGAAGUAUUUCCUCCAAUCUUUGAAUACCACUAGAAUAAAUAAAAUAUAUGAACCAGGAAAUAUUGCACAAUGUCAAUUAUCAUUUUUAUGAUUUUGAUGAAAAGACAAACUCAAAAAAAUCGUCCAUUACGGACGUCGUAUGGACAAUAUUACCCAAACGAACGAAUUCGUCACUAUCAUACGCGCCUACACCAGUGACGUCUCGUUCUGGAGUAAACCAGUCUCUGUCGUAAUAACUUUUGUGGUGGUGUCUACAAGCUGCGCCCUAAGCGACUUAUACCAACGGAGAAAACCCUUCAUGAUGAUGGCAGUCGUAGGAGAAUUGCUCUCAGAACUUUGUUUGUUCAUCUGUUAUUGGUAUGAAGGAUGUUCGCUGCAAAUUUUGGUAGCAACCGAGGUAGUUUCUGUGCUUUUUGGGGGCCAACAGUUGUUUUGGACUAUGUCUUGGAUUUUCGUAAUUCAAAAUACGCAUCCAGAAAAUCGAACUCCUCGUUUGUUGUUACUUCAGGCAUCAAAAAAUAUCAUCUACACGUUUUGUUUGUGGUUCAGUAUAGAUGUAGAUUUCACUUACUUACAAGUGCACACCAUGAUUUUAACUUUUUUCUUUCUGACUGUCUUGUACUUCGUUUACGUCGUAAAGGACGAGAGACCCGAGCAAGAGCUGAGAUGGGAUACAUCAGUAUUUAAACAAAUUCUGAUUUGUAGCGUUAUUGCAGACGGCAUAAGCCACUUGAAGAAAAUUUCGGCGAAGAAAUUGUUUAUUUUGGUAGCAGGAUAUUUAAUUUUUUUCGCAAAGAAUUCUUGGUCUGAUGGAGAAUAUAGUAAUGUCCUCGCUACUUAUAUUUACGGCAUACUAGCUUGGCCAUAUGAAAAGGUAGCUCAUUUAAUAUACUGUCAACACGGCUCGGCAGCAAUAAUUAUGAUCAUUGUUAGUUUCAUAUCAAAGAAAUUUCAACUGGACGGUUACACGAUUCUGAUUUUCGUUUAUCUCAACAAAGUUUUUGGAAAUGUUGUUAUAGCGUCCGUUUCAAAUCGAGUGAUCAUAUUUAUAGUUUCAGCUAUUUCUAGUGUAACUACAUUUUAUAUGGAAACUGUUCUUUAUGUAGCAAUUGUAUCAAAAAUGGUAUCGUCGGGAAACAUUGGAAAAUUACAGUUGUUGUUUCGCAUGAAUGACAUGCUGGAGCCUUUAAGCCUUGCAAUAUCCUCAUUCAUUUUUGAUGAACUUCUUAGUGAUAAGCAUGCCCCCAACACAUUUCUUUAUAUCGGAGCUUUUAUUUAUUUGGUUUGUCUUGUCGUAGCGACGUAAAAUACUUUUGUGGCACAAAAAGCAGCAUUCGAAUGACGUACAGGUGUUCAGCAAGCCUAAAUCUUAGGUUAAAUAUUUUUUACUAUUUCCAUUUUUUGAUUAGAAGCACUGCACUGUCACACUAAAUUCAGUCUGUUGUUUGACAUUUUCGCUUUGAAAAUGUACACACAGCACGUAAUCCCCUGAAAGUUACUUUAAACGCGCUCACUAAUUGAAAAAUAAAGGUUACGUAGUGUUGCCGUCUAUAGUUGUAGAAUCACAAUUAAUCUGUUUCUAACAAAAAAAAAAUUGUUUCAAAGUUGCAAUAAAUGGAUCAAUCACAAA